AUGGGAAAAGUGUACUCUCUUCUUACGCGACCAAUUCGUACAUUUAACAUUGAAAAUCGUGCACGACGUGUUAUUUCAAGAAACAAACCAGUUCCUGCUCCUCAAUAUAAGGCAGUAGAAAAACAAAGGGAGCUGGUAAACAAGUUAAAGCCUGAUUUUAUGGAAACUCAUAACAAGGAGAAUGUCCAACUACAUGAGCAUUUAAAAAGUAUUUUUGUUACGUCUAAUGAUCCCCAGAUAGACCAAAAAGUUGGUACGAUAAUUUCAAGUGAAGAAUCUACUAAAAAUAAAUGUACCUUUAAAGAAGUGAUAAAUUUUUUAAAUAUGUACCAAAAUAAUCCAGUAGAAAGCACUAUAGAUGAAAUAUCUCAAAAGUACGAAUUAGAUAAAGAAGUAGUAGAAAAUAUUGUAAAACAUUUUGGAAUACUUAAUAGUGCAAAUCUGGCUGAUUUGCAGUUGAAGUCAGAUGCAGAUGCCAGAAUAGAAUAA